UAGUCUAUUCGCCUAGGAGCGCCAAUCGCUCCUCCCACUUUUCUUUCUUCUCCAACAGUGCGAUUAUCGGCAGUGUUGGAGCCUUUUGCUUUUUCCCACUGAUUAUCAUUAAUGGCUGUUGCCAGUUGCCUUCGUGUGUGUGUGUGUGUUGCUGAAGCCAUUCGUUCGUUGGAAGCCUCGACUAGGGUUGGCCUCCUCAUUCGCCGUUGUUGUGUGUAUGUGUGUCAGGAAAAAGGAGGAGUGGAAACCGGGAGGGGGAUGGGAGAGACAGUGUUAGCUCCAGACUUGCCAGUCUGUUGGCCACUUCAGUCGUUCGCCUCACUUGGUUGCGUGAGGAUUCGACGAUCCACCGGUCGCCAUAUUUUUUUUUCCGUUUCAUUGUCCCCUUUCCCUCCGACAACCUUUUGCUUCACUUUGCUCCACUUUGCUUCACAACAUCUCGACAUCACCGGUUCGUUGUAGAAGCCACUGGACAUUUGGACAGGCGCUGCGCUUCCAUCUCUCGGCUGAGAGAUUUUCCUUUUUUUCACGUCGAGCAAGAAAACAAAAAACAAACAAAAAGAGACAAUAACAGAUCGAGAGAGAGAGAGCCGAGUGUCGUGUGCCCAGUCACUGGUGGUGCCCCCGUACAUGUGUGAUUUUCUGUGUUUUGUGUCUUUUCCCCCCCGUGCCGGUGUCUCUCUCUGUGUGUGUGUGUGUGUGUAGGUGAGUGUCCAAGUGAUUGAUUGUCGGUGACACCUGAGCUUUCCCAAAAAAAAGGGAAAAAAAAGGGAAUUUGACCUUUGACAGUCCAUUUCUUUGACACUUUGAAACAAACGAAACUCGUUGACAUCGAGGACUGUGCCCCCCCCAAUUGUGCGAAUUUUCCAGUGACCGACUCGCCUGUCGACGUCGUGGUGCUAACAGCAACAAGAGCAGACGACUCUGGGCGUAUUCCACGCCCUGUGUCUCUCGCACGUGCAGACGACCAUGAAGAAAUCUGUUGCUGCCGUUGUCGUCCUGGGCUUUUUGCUCGUCGUGGCCUUCAUCGACGCCUCUAAUCCACAGGACGAUAGCGACCUGGUUUUCGACGAAGAAAUAUUAUCAGAAGCUGGAACGUCUUGGUCUUCGCUGGUGGCCAACAGCCGCGUGAAACGCGAACCUCCGCCGUCGUUGGAGGAACGAGGACACGGACGACAUCGUCAGUCGGUCAGUGGCGGCAAUGGCAGUAAAUUGGCCGCCAAAGGCCUUUGGACUGGCCAUCACAAGACGAAGAAACUGCACCAACAAGAAGACGGUGGCCAGAUGAAGAAACAUCGUGCCGGCCAUGACGACACAUCGACGAUGGCCAUUAAAAAGAGAGUCAGCGGUCGCGCCCAGCCGGCCAAGAAGAAGCACACGAAAAGAAACAGCAAAGCCAAAGCGAUCGCCAUGAAAAUUCAGGCCGAUGACGAGGACAUGAUGUUGGCCGAUGGAUCGGGUUCGGGAGACGGGCCAGUUAUUCCACUUCCUCCGCCGAUUGGUGGCGCAACUCCUGGCACUCGAAAGGUGUAUCGAUGCUCGAUGCUGAUUCAAGAGCCUUACAACGAAGAAUUAAGUAACCGAUUCAGCGACGAUUUCGGGGACAUGUCUGAGCGUUUCAAUACGGCCAUUGAACAAAUUUAUCAAACCGUGCCCGGUGCUCAGACGGCCACCGUUCAAACAUUCGAGCGGACGAGCCAAUUGUCGCUGACAAAAGUCAACUUUGACAUUGAAUCGCAAGAUUUCGACGAAGAGAAGGUUAUCAAAGAGACUCUGCGUUCGGCCAUUCGAAACGGCCGAGUUGGAUCAUUUUUCGUCGAAAGCGAAGGAUUCACGUUCCGGCCCGUCACCGGUCCGUCGAUUAGUCCCAUAGAUCCCGAGGAUCCCGAACUAACGGAAGAUUGUGACGUUCCUUGUCAAUCGGGUGGCGAAUGCGUUCGUUUGGACCAGCGUUGCGACGGCACCGAAGAUUGCCGAGACGGAUCCGAUGAGUAUGGAUGCCAGGCGCCAUCUCAACCAGGUCAACCAGCUGAGCCGUUGCCGGAAGAGUUGGAUUGUCGUGGGGACAUCAAAUCCAAAUGCCGAGGAACCAACAACCAAUUCUAUUGCGAGGAACAUCAAUGCGAUGGAAUCGUCAAAUGUCCAGAAGGGGACGACGAAGAGGAUUGUCCCAAUUUAGUGUCGAGCACGACCCCUCCGGCUCCACCUCCCACAGCAGCCCCAACCACCCCAACAACGACGAGACCGGCCCCAACAACAACAACAACAACAACGACAACGCCAGAGCCAGAGCCAGAGCCAGAGCCUCCCCUACCAACUGGUUGCCCGCAGGACCAGUUCAGUUGCGAUGGCCGAUGCCUUCCCUUUUCCGUCUUUUGCGAUGGCCGUGCCGAUUGUUUGGAUGGAGGGGAUGAAAGCGAUUGUCCCGUCAUUGAAUGUCAAAGUGGCGAAUUCAAGUGUCGCAACAACCAAUGCAUCUCCAACGAACAGGUAUGCGACAAGUAUGCCGACUGUCCCGACAAGGAAGACGAAGAAAACUGUCCAUUUGAACCGCCGCCGCCGCCGCCAACAACAACAACAACACCGGCGGUUUGCCAAGGCUUUCAAUGUGCUGACGGAUCGACGUGCCUGAACGAAGCCUCGCUGCAAUGCGAUGGCCGGGCCGAUUGUCCCGACUUCUCCGACGAGUUGAAUUGCCCUCAACCACCAGCUCCAGGACCCGAACCGUGCCAGGCGGGCGAGUUCCAGUGCAAAAGCGACAAGACCUGCAUCGCCAUUGCUCAGCGUUGCGACGGAAGAGACGACUGCCGAGAUGGUAGCGACGAAAUUGGAUGCCUGUGCACCAAGAACCAAUGGCAAUGCGAUUUUGGCUCGUGCAUCGACGGCAAACUGCGAUGCGAUGGCAAAGUGGACUGCCCAACCGACCAGUCGGACGAGGCCAACUGCCCGUCGGUGUGCCCGACCAAUCAAUUCAUGUGUUUGUCGUCUGGUCGGCCGGUGCUCGUGGCCGGUGGCUUCAGCACCAAAGCGCAAUGCAUUCCGCUGUGGCAAAAAUGCGAUUCGAUCGCCGAUUGUUCCGACGGUUCCGACGAAUUCGAUUGCGACAGAGACUGCCCCGACAAUCGAAACGAUCUGUUUAAUUGCGGUAACGGCCUUUGCUUGCCCGCCUCGGCCCGAUGUAAUAUGGUCAUCGAGUGUCCCAACGGAGCGGACGAAUACCUCUGUCAGGUGACGGAAUGGACGACGCCUUCGAAUGUGAUGCCGACCGAAGCGGCUCCAACGUCUGCGCCCCCAGUCGAUGAAUCUGCCGGAGGAGGAGCAGGUUCAUCGACCAGCGAUUGUCGUUCGGAUGAGUUCCAGUGCGACGAUGGGUCGUGUGUCGGGCGACAUUUCCGUUGCGACAACGUGCCCGAUUGCAGCGACGCCAGCGACGAAGACAAUUGCAGUUUGACGCCACCGUGUUCGUGGCCGAACCCUUUCCGCUGCGGCGACGGCAGCUGCAUUGACGCCAGCACGCAGCGGUGCAACGGCGUGGCCGACUGCGCCGACUCUUCCGACGAAUCAGACUGCGCUUUUCUCAAAGAAUGCCCCAGCAACGAAUUCCGCUGCACGGACGGCACUUGCAUCGACAUCCGGCGAAAAUGCGAUGGAUACGGUGACUGCCGUGACCGAUCCGACGAGAUCAACUGCACUUCUUGUUUGGCCGAUCAGUUCCGCUGCUCGUCCAGUGGUUUCUGUAUCCCGUCCAAUCAAAAAUGCGACGGCAUCGUCGACUGUCCGGAUCGUGACGAUGAAGUCGAUUGUGCCACACCUCCCCCGCCAGUUUGCACGGAAUACCAGUUCAGAUGCAGAGACGGGACUUGCUUGGAUUCGCGUCGACGUUGCGACGCCCGUUACGAUUGCCCCGACGAAUCCGACGAAGAAGAUUGCGACUGCCGGACGGACCAGUUCCGCUGCGAUAGCGGCCAAUGCAUCGAAGGUAACAGACGAUGCGACAGGACCGUCGAUUGUCCCGACCGAAGUGACGAGAGCAACUGCGGUGUUCAAUGCAAAAAUGGUGAAUUCAGCUGUGCCAGUGGCGAUCAGUGCGUGCCCUACAGUUUGGUGUGCGACGGUCGUAGGGACUGUCAGGACUUUUCCGACGAGGCCGAAUGCCAAUGGACCAAGUGUCCGGAGGGAGAAUUCUCGUGCGAGAACGGGCCGUGCAUCCCGAUGGAGCGCCGUUGUGACGGCCAAAUCGACUGCCCCGAAUCCAGCGACGAAUUCGACUGUCCAUCCAGAAACGACGAGCUCAAUUUGAAAACUUACCCGGCCGAUCAGACUAUUCUCCAAGGUCGUGAGGUGGUGUUCCAGUGCCGUGACGAAGGCCCCGCCAGAGCGCCAGUGCGCUGGACUCGUGGCAGCGGACUCGCUUUGCCUCCGUCCACUCGCGACAACAAUGGACGCCUGGAAAUGCCCAACAUUCAGCCGGAACACACUGGAACGUACAUUUGCGAAGCUGUCGGCUACCCGGCAACGACUCCAGGCGCCCGAGUGUCCGUCUAUCUCAAAGUUGAACCUUUUGCCGAGCCGACCACACGGCCGCCAACGGCUUGCGGAGUCAACGAGGCCACGUGCAUGAACGGCGAAUGCAUCCCGAAGAACGCGGUUUGCGACGGAGAUUUCGACUGCUCCGACCAGUCUGACGAAAUGCGAUGCAGUCUGCUGGGUUGUCAACCGAACGAAUAUCAAUGCGCCAACAAGCGAUGCGUGUUGAAGAACUGGCGAUGCGAUGGCGACGACGAUUGCGGAGACAAUUCCGACGAGCUCUACUGCAAGCCAAGCCCGCCAGGAUCCGCGUGCCGCCACGACGAAUUCCAAUGCCAAUCGCAAAACCAGUGCAUCCCGCGCUCUUUCCACUGCGACAUGGAACUCGAUUGCCAAGACCGCAGUGACGAAAUCGGAUGCUCCAAACCGACGAUCCUCAUCCCACCGCCGCCGAUGAUCAAUAUCAAUAUCGGCACAACGAUCGUCAUCAAUUGCACGGCCGUCGGAGUUCCCACUCCCGAAGUGGUCUGGCGUCUCAACUGGGGUCACGUCCCCUCCAAGUGCACCAUGACGUCAGAGUCGGGCUACGGCGUACUGACUUGCAAGGACGCGCAAAUCAUCGACCAAGGCGCCUACAGUUGCGAAGCCAUCAACGCCAAGGGCUCGACGUUUGCCGUGCCCGAUUGCAUCGUCGUUGUCAAACCAUCGGCCGACAUUUGCAUCGACGAGGAAUUCAAUUCGGCUGCCGUCUCACCGGCCGACUGUUUGCCGUGCUUCUGUUUCGACCACACGAAAGAAUGCAGUUCCAGUUCGCUGUACGUCAGCCAAUUGCCGCCGCCCAGCGACCAGUUCCAGCUCAUCACCUUGCGCACCGACACGAUUCGCACGUCGUCCAGCGCUCGCCUGUUCUCUUCGAGAGACGCGGGCUCGUCGGGCGCCGCCAACCGCGUCUACCUCCGCUCACCCAACGCCAACGACGGCAUUCAGGCCUACCGACGCGACUUCAAUUCGAGGAGCGAAGUGGCCUAUUUCAACUUGCCGCCGUCCCACCGUGGAUACCAGCUCCUCUCUUACGGCGGCCAAAUCAAAUACCGGCUGACCUACCGCGGUUCCGGCUCUUCCAUCCGCGCGCCGGACGUCAUCCUGCGAGGCAACGGCAUCACGUUGUACCACGAGAGUCGCAUCCGACUGGAGCCGAACCAGCCGGUGGAAGUGACCGUCCGCUUCCUGCCGGAAGACUGGACAAAAGGAUCUGAUGCCCGCGACUCGGCCAGACGUGAAGAUUUGAUGAUGGUCCUCCAGUCGAUCGAGUACUUCCUCAUCCGGGCCUCUUAUGUGGAGAGCAGCGUUUUGGACACGACCAUCACCAACAUCCGCAUGGAUACGGCCAUUGAACAAAACUACAAUCAGGGACAGGCCGUUUUGGUGGAAGAAUGUCGUUGCCCUCGCGGCUACAUCGGCCUAUCUUGCGACUCUUGCGCACCCGGUUUUGUCCGUGAGGAAACCAGUUCCGGUCGCUAUCUGGGCCGCUGCCUUCCUGAAACAUUUUGCGAUUCGACUUACCAAUGGACUUGUGCCAGCGAUGGCACCUGCGUCGACCUCAAUCGACGUUGCGACGGUCGUUUGGAUUGUGGCGACAGUAGCGACGAAAUGAAUUGUUCGCAGCCUCGACAAUGCGAUGCCAAUAACGAGUGGACGUGUUACGAUGGAAGUUGCAUCGACGUCAGGCGGCAAUGCGACGGUCGUAUGGAUUGCCGUGACCGCAGUGACGAAUUCGAGUGCCUAACGCCAACCUGCGAUCCGACGAGCCAAUGGACCUGCGAUGACCGGUGCGUCGAUGCGAGCAAACGUUGCGACGGUGUCCGCGACUGUUACGACUACACCGACGAGCUCAACUGUCAAGGCUGCCAUGCCCAAUCGGAAUGGCGUUGCGCCAACAGUCAAUGCAUCAACGCCACUCGAUACUGCGAUCGUAACGUCGACUGUGCCGACGGAACCGAUGAAAUGUACUGCCCCAUCCAAGGGUGCGACCUGGCCACCAGGUUCCGAUGCGCCAGUGGCGAAUUGUGUUUGGACAAAUCGCUCCGAUGCGAUGGCCAUUUCGACUGCAGUGACCACAGCGACGAAUGCAAUUGUCCAGGAUGCGGAUCGGAUCGCCACUUCCGUUGCGCCGAUGGCACGUGCGUCGAUUUGUCGGAGCGUUGCGACGGUCGCGUCGAUUGCCGAGACGCCACCGACGAAAUAGGUUGCACUUAUACGUGUGACCCCCAUACUCACUGGACCUGUGCCGAUGGUAGUUGCAUAGGUGUACGACUCUUUAGCGACGGUAUAGACGAUUGUUACGAUGGCAGUGACGAGUUCAGUUUCACAGCCCAAUGUAACCAAGCCGGAAUCGUCAAUGGAUCAUCAACCAGCAGCGGAUGCAUUUGCAAGGAUCUGGUCACCGGUCCACGCUGUGACCAAUGCAAACCCAACACGUUCCACUUGAAUGCCGAUAACCAGGACGGUUGCAUCAACUGUUUCUGUAUGGGCAUCACCAAAACUUGCUCCGCUUCCACCUGGUUCCGUCAGCAGAUAAGGACCGUCUUCACGACAGACAUCCAAGGUUUCGCUCUGACUGACAAGAGUCGACGUGAAAACAUUGUCGAACGUGUCACGGUCAAUUCAGUCAGUCGUGAAAUCGUUUACCGCGAUUUCAACAGGCUGUCCAAUGAGGUCCAUUAUUGGAAAGUAUCGUCCAAGUUCCUUGGAGAUAAGGUGACAUCUUACGGCGGUUUGCUUAACUACACUGUGCGUCACGUCCCACAACCGGGCGGGCGCAGCUCUCCAAACAAUGCCCCAGAUGUCGACAUGAAAGGAAACAACAUUCGAUUGUUGCACUACCACCGAGAGCCAGUCGAAGGAUCCAGAUCGGUCGCCAUCUCCGUGCCGAUAACAGAACAAUAUUGGCAACGCGAAGAUGGACGUCCAGCCGAUCGUGAACAUUUGUUGAUGGUCCUGGCCGAUUUGGAUUCCAUCCUGAUUAAAGCCACGUACACGACCCGCACUUCUGAAGCCUCGCUAUCGGAAGUGUCGAUGGACAUUGCCGAAGAGAGAAAUAGCGGCCAGACUAGGGCGUAUGCCGUCGAACAAUGUUCGUGCCCGCGCGGCUACAAGGGCCUGUCGUGCGAGGACUGUGACACGGGAUACACCCGUUCCGUCCAGGGUGUCUAUUUGGGACUGUGCGAGCCGUGCAACUGCAACGGCCAUUCGAACGAAUGCGACCCGGAUACCGGCGUCUGCGUCAACUGUCGCGAUCACACGACCGGGGAAGAAUGCGAACUUUGCGAAGCCGGAUACACCGGCGACGCCACGUUAGGCACUUCGAACGACUGCCGUCCGGAUGGAGGUCGUCCACCGACGACGUGUUCUUGCGAUCCGCGCGGUUCGCUCCGUCCCGAUUGCGCCGAUGGUCGUUCUUGUGCUUGCAAGGCAAAUUGCGAAGGAGCCCGGUGUGACCGCUGCCGCGAAGGAUCGUUUGGCCUGAUGGAACAGAAUCCGCAGGGCUGUUUGAAUUGUUUCUGCUCGGGUGUGACCCGCGAAUGCAAUUCGGCCAAGCUCUACCGCUCCCAAGUCACGGUGCAAAUCACCGACAAUCAGCACGGCUUCAUCCUGAGCGAGAGGAACGGCGUUUCAGUCCCCAAUUUGAGAAUCAACAUCGAUCAAAACGAAAUCAGCUACACGUUCUCUUCGACGCCAGCCAGAUCGCCGAAACUCUACUGGUCUUUGCCAGCGCAAUUUACUGGCAACAAGGUGACAUCGUACGGAGGUCAAAUUUCCAUCACGCAACGCUACGACGAACGUCAGGGCGCCGUCGGUCAGCGUUUUACCGAUAGCGACGUCAUUCUGACGAGUGGCAGAACCUCUUUGGCCUUUGUCAACCCCAACCAAAUCCGACCCGGCCAGACGGUGACGUACACUGUCCCGCUGAGGGAGACGGGCGGAUGGCGUCGACUCGACACCGGACUGGCCGUCACCCGCGAUGACAUGAUGCGCGUCCUGUCCGAUCUUCAGACCAUCGAAAUCCGAGCCACGUACAGCUACAGCAUGGCUUACGCUAGUCUCAGCAACGUGGUCAUGGACACGGCCGUGCCGACCAGCAACGGCCAGGAACAGCCGCGCGAUAUUGAAGAAUGUCGCUGCCCCGAGGGCCACAUUGGCACGUCGUGCGAGCAGUGCGCGACGGGAUUUUAUCGCGACCGAUCGUCGGGACUGACUGGCCAAUGCCGUCGCUGUCCGUGCAACAGCAACGAGGAGAAUUGCGUCCAGCAGUCAGACAACCGCGUCGUGUGUAACUGCCGUCGAGGAUUCAGCGGCCGCAAUUGCGAAAUUCAAGGUGGCAUACGCAUGGAAAUGGUUCCGAUGAGAGCGCAAGCGACUGCCGGACAAGUGGUCAAUUUCGUCUGCGCCUAUUUCAGCAUGGAGCGGCUCGAAAUCGAUAUCCAGCCCAUUGGCCACAAUGCCGUCGACGGCAAAAUGCUUGCGGCGUCUGGCCAGCAUUCGGUGACCAAGGCGCUCGUGCUCGGCCCGCCUGUUCGAGACGUGCUGGAUCGCUUCCCGUGGGGCAGCCGGCGCACCCUUUCGCUGCUCAUCGACACCGGCCAUCGCCAAGUGAAGUGUCGCGUCACCGACACCGACGGCCUAAUCCUCGGCGAACUGACGGCUCUUAUCCAGCCAGCAGAUGCCGACCAACAACGGCCUGUUGCUCCACCCGCUCCGGCCAGCCCGACCAUCGUGCUGACAGUGACGGACCCGAAAAUUCAAAUCGCCGAAGUGGGUUCGACAGUGCGAUUCCGUUGCAGCGGGCAGUCGUUAGUCGGCCGCCAAGUGCUUCUUCGUUGGGGCAAAGAAGGCGAUUCGCUGCCGGCAGGUCGCGCGCAAGAUGAUCGCCGCGGCGUCCUCAUCAUCACCGACGUUCGACACACCGAUUCGGGCACCUACGUCUGCAGCGGCCAGGACGGCAUCAACGUCGUCACGGAAACUGUUGUUCUCAACGUCGGAGGUCAAAGUCCCAGCCCACCGCUGGUCUCUGUUGAGCCCCGCUACGUCGAAGCCCAGCUCGGACAGAGCAUUGACGUGCGCUGCACUGCCCAAGGCUACCCUACACCCAGCAUUCAAUGGCUGUCGGCUCGCGAAAUUCUCGUACCAACGACAGAUGGAGUCCUUAAGAUCGCCUCUGUCCGCAAAUCGGACGAAGGAGAAUACACGUGCACGGCCAGCAAUCCUUCGGGAACGAGCACCGGACGAGUCAACAUCUUUGUCCGAUCAGAACCUGCGCCACAACCGGAAGAAAAUCCAGUCCAAGUGGUGAUUGCCCCUACCGAUACGACAGCCCGUCGCGGCGAAACGAUCCGUUUGGUGUGCCGCGCCGAAGUUGUUGGCGACCGAGUCGUUCCAGUCGUUCGUUGGACCAGAUCAGAGGGCGUGUUACCCGUCAAUGCCGGCCAGACGGCUGGCGUCUUGACCAUCCCCAGCGCCUCGCCGUCCGAUUCCGGCAUCUACAUCUGCACAGUGACGACCGUUUCCGGCUACAUCCGCCAAUCGCAGGCCCGCGUCACCAUCUUGGCUUACAGGGGCCCACCGACGGUGCGCAUCGAACCCGACCGGCAAACCAUUUCGCAAGGCACUUCGGCCGAACUGCGCUGUCUGGCCGUUGGCGAUCCAUCGCCGACGGUCCGCUGGACGAAAGUAGGCGAAGAUUUCUCGAGCAACAUCCUAGUGACUGGGCCCAUCCUGCGAAUCGUCAACGCCAUGGUGAGCGAUAGAGGAAUGUACAUCUGCACGGCCGAGAAUGCCGGUGGGGUGGCCCAGACGUCGGCCAUCGUCGAAGUGGAAAGACGAGAACCGCCCGCCGUGGAACUUUACCCACAGACCAAACAGACGGUGGUGCAAGGAGGUAGCGCCCUCUUCCAGUGCCGCGUGACGGCCGGAAUUCCGACUCCGCGGGCCAGGUGGGCGCGCGUGGAUGGCCGACCUCUGCCCAACAACGUCGAAGAGCUGGACGGCGGCGUGAUCCGCUUCAACCGCGUCACGGGCUCCGAACAAGGCCAGUACGUCUGCACGGCCGAAAACGACGCCGGUAGCAUCACGGGCGUUGCGACGCUGACGAUCCAGUCGAUCCCCGUCGUGACCAUCAGUCCGAACGCCAACAGCGGACCCAUCCGCGUCAAGGAAGGACAGCGGGUCAGACUGGAGUGUCGCGCUCAGGGCGAUCCUGCCCCGUCCGUCUCGUGGCGACGCCUCCGCACCGGAUUCUUGUUCGACGCCAUCGACGCCAAAGAGACGCCAGCAGAUCGCCGUCUACGACAUCACGCGCGUGACGCAAUCCGAUGA